CAUGGAUGGAUGAGGACGCCCAUGCCAGAAGUGCGCGGAACUCGGAUGAACUUUUCCAGCGGCCCCGCCGCCGCCCGCGCCUCGACUCCGCUCCGCACCGCGUCCGGCGGCCGCUGCUGCCCGCGAUGCUAGCCGCGCUGCUGGGCGGCGGCGGGGCCCGCACGGGGACCUUGCCGGGGGCCUUGCUGUGCCUGAUGGCGCUGCUGCAGCUGCUGGGCUCGGCGCCGCGGGGCUCGGGGCUAGCGCACGGCCGCCGCCUCAUCUGCUGGCAGGCGCUGCUGCAGUGUCAGGGCGAGCCCGACUGCAGCUACGCCUACAGCCAGUACGCCGAGGCGUGUGCGCCCGUGCUGGCGCAGCGCGGCGGGGCUGACGCUCCGGGGCCCGCCGGCGCCUUCCCCGCCUCGGCCGCGUCCUUCUCGCCGCGCUGGCGCUGCCCGAGCCACUGCAUCUCGGCGCUCAUCCAGCUCAACCACACGCGCCGCGGGCCCGCGCUGGAGGACUGCGACUGCGCGCAGGACGAACACUGCAGAUCCACCAAGCGCGCCAUCGAGCCCUGUCUGCCGCGCACCAGCGGCGUGGGCCCGGGCGCCGGAGCGGGCUCGGUCAUGGGCUGCACCGAGGCCCGGCGGCGCUGCGACCGCGACAGCCGCUGCAAUCUGGCCCUCGGCCGCUACCUGGCCUACUGCGGCAAGCUCUUCAACGGGCUGCGCUGCACGGACGAGUGCCGCGCGGUCAUCGAGGACAUGCUGGCCGUGCCCAAGGCGGCGCUGCUCAAUGACUGCGUGUGCGACGGGCUGGAGCGGCCCAUCUGCGAGUCGGUCAAGGAGAACAUGGCCCGCCUGUGCUUCGGCCCAGACGCGGGCAACGGUCCGGGCAGCAGCGGCUCGGACGGAGGCCUGGACGAUUACUACGACGAAGAAUACGACGACGAGCAGCGCGCCGGGGCGGCGGGCGGCGAGCAGCCCCUGGACGACGACGACGGCCUGGCGCGCCCGGGCGGCGGCGCUGCUGCGGCGGAUGGCCGCGGGGACCUGCCGCACGGGCCCGGCCGCAGGAGCAGCAGCAGCGGCAGUGCAGGCCACUGGGCGGCCCGAGGCACCUGGACCCCGUUUGCCUGUUUGCUGCUGCUGCUGCUGCUGCUGCUGCUCGGGUCACACUUGUAGCCCCUGCGCCCCUGCCGCUCAAGGCUGGCGCGCGCGAUUCGGCUGGUUCCCAAGCCGGGCACCUGUGGCUGGGAGGACGGAGGUGGUACAGAACACUGACCCGCUCUCUCCCUGGGUGGACAGGGCCCAGGCCGUACCGCAGCCAUCAAGUUCGGCCUUCUCUGUGCGGUUUCCAGGCUGCAGAGAUAACUGGCUGAUCGUAUGAUACCGCUGGCUCGAAUCUACAGAAUUUAGGACACCCUGCAAAAAGCAACGGAGGCCUGGACUCGGUUGGAGUGCCGAACGGUGGGGGUCUCUACAGCUCCGAGGGGCUGGGGGAGGGGAUGGUGAGGGAAUUAGGUUUGCCGCAGGGCCAGGUUUCUGUUUUGUAUUUAAACAGUUUUUCUGUGAGGGGACACACAGUACUGGUAACGACUUUAAUUGCUUGUGGCCACUGAGAGACACAGCAAUCGUAAAUAAGUAGAAAAGUUCUCCCUAGCGAUUUUUUCCAGUGCAGAAUAGCACCCGAUAACGCCCGGUGUAGAGCCGCGAUUGCCUUGUUGGGGACCCUUGAAAUUACGUCUGCAUUAUAACCUUAACCCCUCACCUUUAAUCUCACUGCCACCAUUCUGAUCCCUCAGCACCACGUGUCUUAGAAUUAAGGGUCCAAAAACGUUGGUCUGAAGAGUUACCAUGGUGUUGAACAAUACAAGUUUUGAUCCUAAAGCUCGGUACUGCCAUCUAGGAAAACCUCUGUGAUGUUUGUUUUGCUGUCCCCCCCCCCCCCCGCCACUAUGAAAUUCUAAGUUUGAAUAUGCAGAGAUUGAAUAUUGCCUCUGCCCCUAUCGGGGUCUUUCACCCUGGUACGUCGUAUAUAAACUGUAUUAAAACUGGGGUUUCUUACCAGUUGCUGUACUUUGUAUAUAGAAUUUUUAUAAAUUGUAUGCUUCAGAAAAUAAUUUAUUUUUAAAAAGAAAUUAAAAGUUUUAAAUCUACAUCAUUGUUACAUCACCCCCAUCCAAGAAAUGUAUAGAAUACACUGGUCACCAGGAACCCACGCCUGCAGCCCAUUUUGAAGUGUGCCCUGUGUAGAGCAGUCUUAAAAAUGUACAGUGUAUUUUACAGAUUUGAAGUAACGUUCUUAUUUUCAAAAGAAUUUAUGGACAUUGUAGAAAUGUAUAAAUGCAUUUCCAACUGCCUUAAACAUUGUAUUUUUAUAGACAUCAUUUUUAAAAAUCCCGUGUU